UGACGUAGCGCUCGCACGCGUGUUCUAGCGUAGUUCACGCGGGUCACUUCGGCCGGGUCCGGGAAGCUAGGAGCUCGUUUUACCUGAGAUAGGCCGGACCUAGCGCUCCGGUCCUCCGCCCGUCGGCAAGAUGGUGAAGCCCAAGUACAAAGGACGGAGCACCAUCAACCCCUCGAAGGCCAGCACGAACCCGGAUCGAGUGCAGGGAGCAGGAGGCCAAAACAUGAGGGACCGGGCCACAAUCCGGCGCCUGAAUAUGUACAGGCAGAAGGAGCGCAGGAACAGUCGUGGUAAAGUGAUUAAGCCUCUGCAGUAUCAAUCAUCGGUGGCUUCUGGCACAGUGGCAAGAGUGGAGCCAAAUAUUAAAUGGUUUGGAAACACACGUGUGAUUAAGCAGUCAUCGUUACAGAAAUUUCAAGAGGAAAUGGAUACAGUUAUGAAGGAUCCUUACAAAGUUGUCAUGAAGCAGAGCAAGUUACCUAUGUCUCUUCUGCAUGAUCGAAUCCAGCCUCAUAACUCAAAGGUGCACAUUCUCGAUACUGAAAGCUUUGAAACUACAUUUGGCCCUAAGUCUCAGAGGAAGCGACCAAAUUUACCUGCCAGUGACAUGCAGUCUCUCGUAGCAAAUGCAGAAAUGUCCACUGGGAGCUAUGACCAGGGCAAGGAUCGCGACUUAGUGACUGAAGACACAGGUGUGAGUUUCCAGUUGCUCACUUUGGGUGCUUUCUUCUUUAGAAAUGAAGCCCAAGAAGAGAUCUAUAAAAAGGGACAGUCCAAAAGAAUAUGGGGUGAGCUCUACAAGGUGAUAGAUUCAUCAGAUGUCGUUGUUCAAGUUCUUGAUGCUAGAGAUCCAAUGGGUACCCGUUCCCCUCACAUCGAGACUUACUUGAAAAAGGAAAAGCCCUGGAAACACCUCAUAUUUGUUCUUAACAAAUGUGACCUUGUUCCAACCUGGGCAACAAAACGAUGGGUUGCUGUCCUCUCCCAGGAUUAUCCAACACUUGCUUUCCAUGCAAGUCUUACUAACCCCUUUGGAAAAGGAGCAUUUAUUCAGCUUCUACGGCAGUUUGGAAAGUUGCAUACUGACAAGAAACAGAUCAGUGUCGGGUUCAUUGGCUAUCCAAAUGUUGGCAAGAGCUCUGUGAUAAAUACAUUACGCUCCAAGAAAGUGUGUAACGUGGCCCCCAUUGCAGGUGAAACAAAGGUCUGGCAAUAUAUUACCUUGAUGCGUCGGAUAUUCCUUAUUGACUGUCCUGGCGUGGUUUACCCCUCUGAGGACUCAGAGACAGACAUUGUGCUGAAAGGAGUUGUUCAAGUUGAAAAGAUUAAGGCUCCCGAAGACCACAUUGGUGCUGUACUCGAACGAGCAAAACCAGAGUAUAUCAGCAAGACGUACAAGAUUGAUUCUUGGGAGAAUGCCGAGGACUUUCUUGAGAAGCUAGCUUUCCGGACAGGGAAAUUAUUAAAGGGCGGCGAGCCUGACUUGCAGACUGUGGGCAAGAUGGUUCUCAAUGACUGGCAAAGGGGCCGCAUUCCUUUCUUUGUCAAGCCACCCAAUGCAGACCCCCCUGAAGAGCCCUCUACAGCCCCCCAGCUUCCAUCGUCAUCAUCUUUGGAAACUGCCACUGAAACAACCCAGAACAACCCAGAAGAGGACAUCACAGAAACUGUAGGUGAAGCGUCAGAAUCUGUCUUCGAGGAGGAAAAAGGAGUGAACAGUCCCUGUGAUGCCAGCUCAGAGAUGCAGCAGAUCCUUGCGCGGGUUCGGCAGAACUUCGGCAAAAUCAACGUCGUACCUGAAUUCUCUGGGGAUGACCUGGUUCCUUUGGAGAUGUCAGAUAUAGAUGAGGAGCUAGAGAGCUCUGUAGAGGAGGAGGAGGAGGAACAGGAGCAACAGGGCGGCGAGGAGGAAGAGUGUUCAGAGUCCCGGGAAGAACACCAGGAAAAUGACACCAAGGCAGUGAUUAAAGCCCUGGAUGAAAAGAUCGCUAAAUAUCAGAAGUUUUUAAACAAAGCCAAAGCGAAAAAGUUCUCAGCAGUCAGAAUAUCCAAGGGACUAAGUGAAAUGGUUUUUGCAAAAUCUGAAGAGCAAAAAACAGCUGAAGAAGAUGUGGAAGAUACAGGUAGAGUUAAAUUAUUAAAUCAUUUAAAUGUGAUUGGCAUCUUUAGGAAAUCCAAACUAAAUCUUCAAAUUAUCUCUAAAUCUCAAAUGAUCACUUCCACACAAUUAUUUAUAUCUGGCAAAUUACCUUGGUUUCACAAUCUAUAAUACAAAUGGGAUUAUCUGGUUUUCAUUCUGCAUAUUUCUUAGGAUUAAAUUGAUAAUUCAGGAAACCCUCUUUAACAGGGUACAUGGUUAGCCUUACAGUUUAAGGGUGGGUCUGCAGGCAGACUUUAUUUUUGUGGUGGGCAAGGUGGUUCAUGCAUUUUUUAUUGCAUUGGACUAACAGUUUCUAAAUCAAGAGUGUGUUUUCAUGACAUGGAUGCACACCUUGCCAAAGCCUGUGGGGUGUCCCUUCUGGCCUGAUGCCCUCCUCUUCUCAUCCUGCUUCACUCUGCACUUUGCUGGCCAUACUCAUUCACUCUGGCUUUUUCCUUCUUCCAGCGCUUCAAGUUCCUUUCCAUCUUAGGAUUCAUAGGCACAUUUGUAACUUGUAUGUGUGUAUUCAAUGUUUAUAGCACCUGCCAAAAAGGGAAAGAAGAG